UGGCGCUGCUCAGCUUGGUAUUAACACAUUUGUCAUUGUAUGACUUUUAAACACAUACUAUACUUUAUGCUCUGCAAAUUUGCGCGCAAAUAUACAAUAGACACAUAGGUAAUGGUUCAGUGUGGUUCAGCGCAUACCUGCCUGUUUAACCCGUUGCGCAUGCUUGUAUACUACUUUCGCUCAGCAACUAGUCUAUCCAACCAUAGAUAGAGGAGAGCUCGGGAUGCCUACCAUGGCCACAUUUUCCGGCGCUUCCGCCCAGGUGAUUUGAAUAAUUUUUAAAAUGCUACUUGAACAUUCUAGUGGAGACGUAUGAGCCUAGAUUCUAUCUUGAAUACUAUGUCAAAUGGCCGUCGCUGUUCCAAGUGUGCGAGGACACCAGCGGCAACAUAAUCGCUUAUGUCAUGGGCAAAGUGGAAUCAUCACCGGACGUAUACAAGCUGUCUGAGCAUUAUCUGCCAUGGCACGCCCACAUUACAGCCUUUACAGUGGCCCCAGAAGCACGAAGGAUGGGCAUUGGCAACAUACUACUGGACCAAGUGGAAACCGCCUCAGACGCGAGCAAUGCAUGGUUUGUCGACCUAUUUGUGCGUCGGAGCAACGAGGUCGCGAUUGCAUUUUAUAAAAAUGCGGGAUACAGCGUGUUUCGCUUGGUCAAGGGUUAUUACUUUGACAAUGCCACAGAUCCUAGAAAGGAAAUAGAGGAUGCCUUGGACAUGCGCAAAGCCCUGAGAAGAGAUACCACUUUCCAGUAUAUUAGAAAAGACGGCGAACGACAUGAAGUAACUCGUGCCGAUGUUUGGUGAUAGUAUUCUAUCCCGCUACCAGCGCACCACUGAAGCCAGAGCGCCACGAAGCAGUGCUUUCUCCAAGCGGCCACGCAUUUCAUAAAUAUGAUUCACAUAUGAUUUAUUAUGGUUGUUUGGUACUUUAUCUGAAAGUAUAAAUAAAAUUAUAACACGUUACAGCUAUAGAAGCGCAUAAGCUAGCCCUUUGUUACACGCAUUGGUUUUGUUUACUACGACGCGCUGGGGCUGGGGUGCCUCGGCGAGACUACCCU